AUGUAUGAUCUAAUUGCGACAAAUAAAAAUACUGAUGAAAAAUCCCCAUCUGUUGAAAAUAAUAAGGGGAAAAAAAGUCGAUCUAAGAGUGGCUGUUUUACAUGUCGUUUAAAAAGGAAAAAAUGUGAUGAAAAACAUCCAAAAUGUGGCAAUUGUAAGAAAAAUUUUUUAACAUGUAUUUGGCCUCAAGCAGGUGCUGGAAAGUUAACUAAGGAAAUGAGAGAGAAAAUGAAAAAGGAAAUUAAUUUUUACGAUGCAUUUGCAAAGAAAAAUUCUACGCUAAAAGGUAAAACAUUGAACAAAAAGGGCAAAAAAAGGAAAUAUAAAGAUAUAAACAAUAAGAAAAAGAAGAAUAAUAACUUUUAUAAAAAAAAUGCUGAGGAACUAACUUACGAUUCAAUAACACUUGAAAAAAAAAGUAAUGCUAAUAAUAUUCAAAUAAAAAUUGAAAGCGAAACUGAAACGGAGGAAGAAGCAAAGAGAAAAAAGAAAAAGACAACGGAAGAAGAGAAGGAGGAAGAAGAAGAAGAAGAAGAGGAAGAGGAAGAAGAAGAAGGAGAAGGAGAAGGAGAAGGAGAAGAAAAUGUUAGUGAAUAUUUUGAUGAAGAUGAUAUUUACAAAAUUAAACAUGGUUCUAUUGCAUUUGUUAAUUAUUCAAUUUCUAAAGGCAAAGAUUUUAUUUUGCUAAAUAGUGAAGUGAAGCAUGCAAUUGAAGAUAUUAAUAUAGGCGCCAUAAUAGAAACAGAUAAUAACGUCAAUCCAUCAGACAAAUUAGAUUUAACGACAGCACAAAAAAUAAAAGAAAAAGAAACAGCAAAAAAUGUAUCGCUUGAUUCAAACGACGUUGCAAAAUCUAUGGUAAAAUCAAAUAAAUUUCAAAGUAAUUGGUCAAAUAUUUUAUUUAAUCCAUCAUCUAUUAAUGACAGCACAAACUUCAUUGGUAAAAUCUUUGAGUUGGGCCUACAAGAUUCUGAAUUAUUUUCUAAACUUUUGACUGAAAACUAUUCUAACGAGGAUCUCACAAGCUCUGCUUCUCCUUCCUUACCGUUAUCAGAAUCCUUAUCCAAUAUCAAUAACAAUACAAAGGAAGAUAUGAACCCCGGUGUAUCAAUAAGAUUAGAUUAUUUACCUCAUGAAAAUCCAACCUCAAACAACAAAGGUACUAAUUGUUCAGAUAAUAAAACGGAAAAAAAAUUACCAUCUAUAACACCUUUGACAAAAUCAACUAUUGAAGAUGAAGAAAUAUAUGGGUUAGAUGAAGAGCAGGGGGAAAAAAUUUACGACCAAUUAAUGCUAAACUUUAAAAACUGGACUGAUCCAGAAAUGAAAGACUUAAUAAAAACACACAAUUUCACUAAGCAGGAAUUAUUAUUGUAUUAUACUUUUUUCCAUUAUUUUUUACCAAAUAUUGGACCUCAACCAACAUUACCACAACUAUCUACUGUUAAAACGUUCCCUUACGUUGAAAAAAAUCCAAUUUAUUUAGAUGUAUCAUUAUGCUGCGGCGCUACAUUUUUAGCGUGGUGUCAGCCUUUAAAAUACACGGAUUUGGCAGAAAGUCUAUAUCAAAGGAGUAAAAUAAACUUAAAGACGGCAAUUGCAAAGAAUUUAAUUAAAGGCGAUGAAGAAUGGAUAUUUGCAUGUUUCCAGUUAUUAGUAUUGAGGGAUAAACUAUAUAACGGACAUGAUGUUGCAGAUAGAUGUUUAGAUAAUUUAUCGCACUCUUUUAGUGUUAUUAAGAAAAGAUAUUUAAGUGAAAACAAGAGAGAACCGAAAACACCUAUAGACAGGAUGCUAUUAGAGAGUUUUAUUUACAAUUAUUCAGUUUCCAUAUCCGUUGGUACAAAUCUAAGUAAAUUACCAGAUCCAUUCCAACCAGUUUUUCAGGAAUUAACUGAAAUGUUGAAAUCGCCACUUUUCAUUGAUUGUGAUGUAGAGUGGAUGAAUAAUCCUGUUUUAGGUUCUUCAGUCGAUGCAUUUGUUAUGUUAGCCAAGGUGAGUUACUUAGGUAGAUUAAAGUUACCUCUGGAGAAAAAUGGGUAUUGGGAAACCCAGGCAAAAUUUUUGUUGGAGGAUUGUCUAUAUUAUUCACCACCACCAUUGCCAGAAAAAAUUAAAAACGACCCAGUAAAAUAUAUUACUUAUAGACCAAGCCUUUUAUGCGCCAGUAUUGUCAGUAAAGCUUGUUAUUUACUUUUAUGCAAAAUCCUCAACUUUCAAGAAUUCAAUAUUGAAGAUACUCAAAUACAAAGUGUUGUAAAAUAUGCCAUCCAAGCUUUAAAGGACAUUGAAAAGGGUGACAAACUAUUAUGUAUUUUACAAUGGUCACUGCUAAUUAUAGGCUCAUUUACUGUGGAUUUUGAAGAUAGAUUUGUAAUUACAGAAUAUGUCAAGAGUGUUGGUGAAACAUUACACUCCAACGGUGGCUCAAGAAUUAAAGACAUUUUAGAUUUAAUUUGGAUGAAAAAAGAUUUAAAUUUAUUAUUUGAUAGAGCAACAUUUUCACAACUCGUUAUUUAA